CUAUCACUCUUGUUAAUCACUACUUGCUGGCCACAAGGACUGCAGGCAUGUACAGCAUGCAGCUCGCAUCCUGUCUUGCACUGACGCUCGCACUCCUUGUCAGCAGUGCACCCACUUCAAGCUCUAAAAAGGAAACCCAGCAGCACCUCGAGCAGUUACUGCUGGACUUACAGGAGCUUCUGAAAGGGAUCAAUAAUUACAAGAAUCCGAAACUCCCCAUGAUGCUCACGUUUAAAUUUUACAUGCCCAAGAAGGCCACAGAAUUGAAACAUCUCCAGUGCCUGGAAGAAGAACUUGGAGCCCUGCAGAGCGUGCUGGAUUUGGCUCAAAGCAAAAGCUUUCACUUGGAAGAUGCUGAGAAUUUCAUCAGCAAUAUCAGAGUGACAGUUGUGAAACUAAAGGGCUCUGAAAGCACAUUCAGAUGUGAAUUCGAUGAUGAGACAGUAACUGUGGUGGAAUUUCUGAACAGAUGGAUCACCUUCUGUCAAAGCAGUAUCGCAACAAUGACUCAAUAAUUACCUGCCUCCUACAACACAUUGGAUUUCUAUUUAUUUAAAUAUUUAAAGUUAUAUUUAUUUUGGAUGUAUUGUUUACUAUCUUUUGUAACUAUUAGUCUUCAGAUGAUAAAUAUGGAUCUUUAAAGAUUCUUUUUGUAAGCCCCAAGGGCUCUAAAUGUUUUAUUUAUCUCAAAUUAUUUAUUAUAUUGAAUUGUUAAAUAUCAUGUCUAUGUAGAUUCAUUAAUAAAAACAUUUACAAGAGUUGGUGAAUAUAAA